AUGAACGACAUCAUCAGCACCAUGUUCAACAGGAAGUUCAUGGAGGAGCUGUUCAAGCCCCAGGAGCUGUACUCCAAGAAGGCCCUGAGGACGGUGUACGACCGGCUGGCCCACGCCUCCAUCAUGAGGCUGAACCAGGCCAGCAUGGACAAGCUCUAUGACCUGAUGACCAUGGCCUUCAAAUACCAAGUGCUGCUGUGCCCUCGGCCCAGGGACAUCCUGCUGGUCACGUUCAACCACCUGGAUGCCAUCAAGGAUUUCAUCUACGAGUCCCCUGCCAUUCUGAACCAGGUGGAUGAGACCUUCCGGCAGCUGAUCGAAACGUACAACUGCCUCCCUGAUGGUGAAUUCCAGCUCAUCAGGCAAACGCUCCUCAUUUUCUUUCAGGACAUGCACAUCAGGGUCUCCAUCUUCCUGAAGGACAAAGUGCAGAACUCCAACGGGCGCUUCGUGCUGCCCGUCUCGGGGCCUGUCCCCUGGGGCACAGAGGUGCCAGGGCUCAUCAGGAUUUUCAAUCACAAAGGAGUGGAAGUUAAAAGGACUGAGUUCACCACUGCUGGGAAUUACGUUACUCCCCAAAGGGAAGGAUCUUUUGAGCUUUAUGGAGACAGAGUCCUCAAACUUGGAACAAACAUGUACAGUGUGAGUCGGCCAGUGGAGACACACAUGGCGGGAUCAUCCAAAAACGUGGCAUCCCGUGCAAAGGAGAACACAGUGCCCAACCCUCUGGCCAAGGAGGAGCUGAACUUCCUGGCCAGGCUGCUGGGGGGUCUGGACAUCCAGAAACCUGCUGGUGGCGAGACGGGAUUUCGGCUGAAUUUGUUCACCACCGACGAGGAG